AUGUUUCAGCCAGUUGGCGAGCUUAAGAUGUGGGGAAUCCCACUUUCUCAACUUCCGGAACCGCCACCUCCAGAAAGGCCUUCUCAAGAAAUCCUUUCCCUUCAUGUGAAAGCCGUCAAACACCCAGAAAGUCUUACAGAUGGAGAUCGUCGCCGCAUCUUGGAUCGUCUGCCUGCUGGAGAAGAGGAUCAGGUUUGUCGAAAUAUUUGUGGGCUUUCGUGGGAGGAAUUGGUGCAAAAAGCUAUCUCUCAGCCUGACGACCUAACCGACGAUGAAGCUCGAUUGGUAGCUCACGGCGUAAACUAUCCGCCUAUCCGUAAGGAUGUAUUCCCUCAUGACGAUUAUAGCUAUUUGACGUGGAAAAGAUAUCAGACUGAGGAUGAGCAUGAAAGGAGAUAA